GACAAAUGAGACCUCUGCUUCUAACCAUAGACGUUCAUUUCUAUAGAAAACCCUUUCCACUUCCACCUCCCUCAUUUUUAUGGCGGGAACAACUUCUCUUCUCUCACACCGUAUCCCCUGGAAAUCCCUAAAUUUGAAAAGAAUCCCAUCUCCGCCUCCGGUUCACAACAACAUGUGCUGGGUCGCGGCCAAGUCCGUCGCCUUCUCAGUUCCUCGGUGGUGCUCAAUCGGCCUUCACACCCGUUUCCUCCUCUCCCGUCGUCACUUUGCAUUCUCUACACCAUGGCAACCAAAGCAGGUCAACUGCUCCAAAGAAAGAAAGUCAACAAGCACCAAAUCAACAAAAAAGGUUAGGGAACUAAAGGAUGAUCUUGAUGAGAAGAAUUAUCCUCACAUUAUAUGGUGGAAAGAGAAACUGCAAACAUGUAUGAAGACAUCUUCUUCCCAAUUGGUAAAAAAACUUUCUUACUCUAAUCUUCUUGGUUUGGAUGAGAACCUGAAGAAUGGAAGUUUAAAAGAAGGAACACUUAAUUCCGAAGUACUGAAAUUCAAGUCAAGGUUCCCACGUGAAGUUUUACUUUGUAGGGUUGGAGAGUUUUAUGAAGCUGUUGGUUUUGAUGCUUGUGUUCUUGUGGAAUAUGCUGCUGGAUGCCCUGUUGUGAAUUUACGCCAAACAUUGGAUGAUUUGACACGUAACGGGUUCUCAGUAUGCAUUGUGGAAGAAGUUCAAGGUCCAACUCAAGCACGUUCUCGUAAAAGCCGUUUUAUAUCAGGUCAUGCACAUCCUGGAAGUCCUUAUGUUUUUGGACUUGUUGAAGAUGAUCAUGAUCUUGAGUUUCCAGAGCCAAUGCCAGUUGUUGGAAUCUCACGUUCAGCAAAAGGGUAUUUCAUGGUUCAAGUGUUGGAGACUAUGAAGACUUUUUCUUCAGAGGAUGGUUUAACUGAAGAGGCAAUUGUUACAAAGCUUCGAACUUGUCAUUAUCAUCAUUUGUAUCUUCAUAAUUCAUUGAAGAACAAUUCUUCAGGGACUUCUAAUUGGCGAGAAUUUGGUGAAGGUGGAUUACUAUGGUCUGAAUGCAAUGGCAGACACUUUGAAUGGCUUGAAGGGGAUAUGAUUAAUGAGAUCUUAUUUAGGGUAAAAGAGCUAUAUGGCCUUGAUGAAAAGGUCACAUUUAGGAAUGUCACUGUUGCUUCAGAAAACAGGCCACGUUCAUUGCACCUUGGAACAGCUUCACAAAUUGGUGCUAUUCAGACUGAAGGGAUACCUUUUUUGUUAAAAAUUUUGCUACCCUCAAAUUGCACUGGGCUACCUGCUAUGUAUGUAAGAGAUCUUCUUCUAAAUCCUCCUGCUUAUGCAAUUGCAUCUACAAUUCAAGAGAUAUGCAAACUCAUGAGCAAUGUUUCAUGUUCAAUUCCUCAGUUUACUUGCAUCUCACCAUCAAAGCUUGUAAAGUUACUUGAGUUAAGGGAAGCAAAUCAUGUUGAGUUUUGCAAGAUAAAAAGUGUGCUUGAUGAGAUUUUGCAAUUGUAUAAAGACUCAGAGCUCAAUGAGAUACUCAGAUUGUUAAUGGACCCCACUUGGGUAUCAACCGGAUUGAAAAUCGACUUUCAGACACUUGUGAAUGAAUGUGAAUCUAUCUCCCAUAGAAUUGGUGAACUUAUCUCUUUAGAUGGUGAAAAAGAUCAGAAAACAAGUUCAUAUCCAAACAUACCAAAUGAUUUUUUUGAAGAGAUGGAAUCUUCAUGGAAAAACCGUGUUAAAAAGAUCCAUCUAAAAGAAUCCUAUGAAGAGGUUGAUAAAGCAGCUGAAGCCUUAUCUUUAGCAGUUACAGAAGAUUUCCUUCCUAUAAUUUCAAGAAUAAAAGCUACCACAGCACCAUUUGGAGGUGUAAGAGGAGAAAUCACAUAUGCACGUGAGCAUAAAUCUGUUUGGUUUAAAGGAAAAAGAUUUGCUCCUUCUGUUUGGGCUAAUACCCCUGGAGAAGAACAAAUAAAACAACUGAAACCUUCUAUAGACUCAAAGGGUAGAAAAGUCGGAGAAGAAUGGUUCACCACAGUAAAGGUCGAAAAUGCCCUCACAAGGUACCAUGAAGCUGGUGCUAAUGCAAAGGCAAUGGUGUUGGAAUUGUUAAGGGGACUUUCUACAGAAUUGCAAGAUAAAAUUAAUGUUCUCAUUUUUGCCUCCAUGUUGCUUGUCAUUGCAAAAGCAUUAUUUGCUCAUGUGAGUGAGGGGAAAAGGAGGAGAUGGGUGUUCCCUACUCUCAUUCAGUCCAAUGGUUCCAAGGAAAAGGGAGAAAUUGAUGGAAUGAAGAUAACUGGUUUAUCACCCUAUUGGUUUGAUGCAGCUGAAGGAAGUGCUGUUGUUAACACAAUUGAAAUGAAGUCAAUAUUUCUGUUGACUGGUCCAAAUGGAGGUGGAAAAUCAAGUUUACUUCGGUCAAUUUGUGCUGCAGCUUUAUUUGGAAUAUGUGGAUUCAUGGUCCCUGCUGAGUCAGCAGUAAUUCCUCAGUUCGACUCCAUUAUGCUACACAUGAAAUCCUAUGAUAGCCCUUCUGAUGGAAAGAGCUCAUUCCAGAUUGAAAUGUCAGAAUUGCGUUCUAUAAUCACAGGAGCCACAUCAAACAGCCUUGUUCUUGUGGAUGAAAUCUGCAGAGGCACAGAAACAGCAAAAGGGACAUGUAUUGCUGGAAGCUUUGUUGAAACCCUAGAUUCAAUCGGUUGUUUAGGCAUAGUAUCAACUCACUUACAUGACAUUUUCAAAUUACCAUUGAACACUAACAAUUUAGUUUUCAAAGCAAUGGGAAGUGAAUUUGUCAAUGGUCAAACCAAACCCACAUGGAAGUUGACCAAUGGGAUCUGCAGAGAAAGUCUUGCAUUUGAAACAGCUCAAAGAGAAGGUGUCCCUGAAACAAUCAUACAAAGAGCUCAACAGCUUUAUGCCUCUGUUUACACACACAACAUCAAUUCAAACAAAACCUACAUUCACACAAUUCAAGAAUCAACGUCUUUUGUUUCUUCAAUUGUUAAUGAAUCAACUGAUCAAAUGGAGAAAGUUUUGAAGGAUUUGGAGAAAGCUGUGAGUUUGAUAUGUAAGAAAAGUAAAUCGGAAGUUUUGAUUAGAUGUGUUGUGAUUGCUCCUAGGAAACAACCACCUCCUUCAGUGAUUGGUGCUUCAAGUGUUUAUGUGAUUAUUAGGCCUGAUAAUAGGCUUUAUGUUGGAGAGACUGAUGAUCUCGAAGGAAGGGUUAGGGCACAUCGGGGAAAGCCAGGAAUGGAAAAUGCAACUUUUUUGUAUUUCUUAGUUUCAGGGAAAAGUGUGGCAUGCCAGCUGGAAACAUUGUUGAUUAAUCGGCUGCCUAAACAUGGGUUUCAACUCACGAAUGUGGCCGAUGGAAAACAUAGGAACUUUGGUACUUGUGAUGUUUCUGUACAAGAGGGUCAAGUGUUGCGCCACGCAAUACAUGUGCAUCGGUUUUUAAGUCAUAAGUUUUCUGAAAAACAAGCAGCUGCGAAGGGCCAAAUGUUGCGCGACACAGCAAUAAGUGGUUAG